UUUAACAGGCUGUGCCUAGCAGAAAGCUUCUGAACCGCAGCGGGCCCAUGGUGCGCUUUGUUUGGUGACUUUGGUAACAUUUGGGAUAUUUGGAGAAGCCAGCCGCGAUAAAGCUUGGUGAUACAUUGUCCUGAAACUGGUAUUGCUGGUGUUGCGCUACGAUAUGUCUGUCUGCAUGUUCAAGUUGCGUCCCAUAGUGAACCAUGACGAACCCUUGCCAGUCCCCAGCCACAACAUGUACACCAUGAAGCCCGUUCAGGAGGCUGCAAGGACUCAAGGGCAGGAUAAGGCACCCUCUAGCGCCGCCACGGUACGUCUUGCAGAUAUCUCGGGCCGGGUGCAGGAGUUAAUUCAGGGAUCAAAAGGAGACAUGGCUGCCUUGGAGGGACGCCAAGAAGAUAUUCUAAAGAAACUCUCUAAACUAAGGAUCGACAUUGAAGAACUGCGAGCAAUACUGCGACAACCUAGUCAAGUCACAGCUUCUUCUUUGUCAACAUCAAGCAACGUCAAAUGCCCACCUUGCCCCGAGUUAGGAGAGUCACGGGAUAUUGUUGUCUACGCAAGUCCGAAAAACCCUCCAUACUCCCUCCUGGGACUUGCGCGAGUUUGGCGUGCUUCGUGCCCUAUCCAGAUUUCAAACCACACCCAUUCUUCUGUGAAAGAAGCACCAUCAGCAGCUCUCACAUUUGUUAAUGAAGUAACUGGUGUUCCCAAUCUGAAAAUCAUACUUAUUUGGAAAGAAGUUCCUGAAACCGAGCUUGUCAUUAAUCCAAUUAGGCAUAUUGCUGUCCGUGGUGAAACAAAUAUUUUGAGGUUCUUAAGCAGAGUUGGACCAACCGAUUAUGCCUAUGAAGCAAAUUCAAAUCUUAGUCAAGUUGCACUCUUGGAUGAGGUGCUUGAUAACUGCCAACGUCUUGCCCGGUCAAAGACUGUCAAGGAAAAACAGGCCAUAGUUCGCACGUUCAAUGCUAGUUUGGGUAAGAGCGAGUGGAUGUGUGGACAACCCAAACUCUCAAUCAUUGACACUGCUGUCUGGUCAGUACUGAAGCAGCAAGGACCCAGUGCUGCCCUCACUCAAACACUAACGAAAUGGAUGGAACGCUGUGACUCUAUGUUACUUUAAAAGUUGAUAAAAGACAUUUUAGAACCCGUGGAACUUGGUGCCUUGCUUUCUAAAAAUGAGUUCACACAAACUAUGUUGUUUGCUACACACUUAUGCUUCAUAAAGUGAUGUACAAGACUAAAGUGAGGGGAAUGUAAUUGAAUUUGUUCUCGAAGGGUGCUGAUUUUACUGCCAACACAUAUAAUCUGUCAAAAGUCUUCCAAUGAAUUUAACUAAAACUGCUUAUAGUAAACUACUUAAAUACUA